CACAGCAUGGUUCACAAUGUCAAAUCGGAACACACACGUACUAAACCUGCCCGGCGGAUACCGUUUCUACUUGCACAGUCGGUGUAAAGGCAAGGGCAGGACGCAAUGGCUCUGCCAGCAAUGGAGCAAAGGAUGCAGAGCGACUAUAACUACCGUCGGAUCGGAAAUCGUGAAAGACCUGUCUUCGGCGUGUCGCAACGGGGCAAGCCCAUCUUGCUGAUUGGUAGAUUCAGAUAUAACCUGCACACGGGCAGCAUGGGUAGCAAAGUGUUCUGGACUUGCUACAAAUGGGGCUCUUCGUGUAAAUGCAGAGCUUCGGUUACAACCAUAGCGAACUGCAUUGUCAAGUCUAAGAACGAGCAUAACCAUUGAUCAAUCAAUUACUAUGACGAAAGACUUACUUCAUGUCAUUUUGUCGACCAUCGCAUGAUCUUUUCAAUUCAAUUCAAUUUCUUAAUUGCAUAUCCACAAUGUACAAAAAGAUGGUAAAUAUAAGUUCAAGUUUUUCGUUGUUCCGGUAUUAUUAUUUCUUUUAUUGUUUCUGUUUAUGUGGUAUUUUUCUAUUCGUCUUGUAAUGAUAAGUUAAACGUAUUCACUUCACAUACUUUUAUGUGUCGAAACGAGUUUGUGAAGAAUAGGCAUGGGAGA